UUUCUCCGACAGAGUGGAGCAUCCUGCCGCCUCUUUCUCCCAUCUCAGCUGUCAUUACACCACCAUCAUCAUCAUCUCUCUCUAUAGGAGGAAACACCGCGAACAACCACCAAUUCUGGGUUACAGUGGCGACUAAAACAGGUAAGCAAAGCAAACACAGAGCAGAGAGAGAGAGAGAGAGAGAGAGAGGAGGAAGUUACCCAGCAGACAGACAGAGGAGUCAACGUAAAGGAGGAUAAGAUGGUCAGGGCUGGAGGUGUAUUGAAGUUGGCAGCACUCAUCUUUGCAUUCCUCCUGGCUGUGUUUCUGGCUUUCCAGCUGCUCGAGAUCAACAUGGACUUCAAGCUGGCCAGUGUGAUCUCGAGAGCCAUGCCGGCGAAUGAAGCCCCGACAAAACCAGUCAGGCAAAAGUGUGGGCUGUCCAAGUCGUGUCCAGCCGGACACUUCGCCUUCAGGUUGGCGAGUGGAGCGGCCAGUGUGGUGGGGCCCAGGUUCUGCCUGGAGGACAAGUUAAUCAUGAGCGCUGUGAAGAAUAACGUUGGGAGAGGACUGAACAUCGCCCUGAUUAAUGGGAAAACAGGGGAUGUUAUCAAGACAGACUUUUUUGAUAUGUGGGGAGGAGAGGUGGCUCCCUUUAUUAAAUUCCUGAAGGAAAUUGAAGACGGGACAGUCGUGAUGAUCGCCUCGUUUGACGAUCCCGCGACAAAACUCAACGAUGAAGCCAAGAAGCUGAUUGCCGAUCUGGGCAGCUCGUCUAUCAGUAAUUUGGGCUUCAGAGAUAACUGGGUCUUUGUAGGAGGGAAAGGCAUCAAGACCAAGAGUCCAUUUGAGCAGCAUAUAAAGAACAGCGCCGACACCAACAAAUUUGAAGGAUGGCCCGACGUGUUGGAGAUGGAGGGUUGCGUGCCUCGGAGGCAGGACUGAGCUGACGUCUCUUCUCGCUCCUCGUCCUCCUGACAUUCCUGUCCUCACGAGACUUUUUAGUGGUUACAUUUCUUUGGGCUGAGAAAGGUCAUUUCUUUUUACAGCUCUUUACCCACCAGAAUAAAGAAGUUAUUAGAAGGAAAGAGAAGCAGCUGUGAAACGUCAGCCCUGAGCAGGAAAGUGAAGCUCGGACCUUCUUCCGUUUGGAUACGUAGAUGCUUAUUGGGGUUUUGUUUGGAAGCAGUAGCUAGAGUGCAUUGAUUAAAAGGGACUUACCUUUGAUUAUUGGCAUACUAUGACACUUUCUACCCGUAAGGCCCGCAGAUUAUUGCACUGUUGUUGCUGGAACAGAUUUCUUCUGAUCAGAUUUGUUUCCAUUACCUGAUCCCUGCCUUAAUCUUAUUCCUUUUUUUUUUUUUUUUUUUUUAACCAACAUGCCUUUGUGAUUCCUUUUCUUCCUUUUCAGAGUUGCAUUUAUUUUGAGAAAAAUGAUUAUUAACAGGGUUUGAAGAUAUUUCUCAUCAUGAUACUAUAUCAAAAUGUACCAAAUUCACUGUGAAAUUUGUAAAUAUUUUGCUUGAAGGAGGAUUUCGAAGAUCCUAAUUUAAAUGAACAUUGUAAUAAUAUAAUUUCUUAAAAUAAAUGAUAUUGUUAGCAAUG